AUGAUAGCCAGAGGUGAGUUGGCAGAUUACUUUAUGACGAAGGAGUAUGUAAAGCCCCGCGAGGUUUAUCCUCGCAAGGUAGAAGGUACUCAAGUAAAGGUCAUUCAUGUAAUACAUGGCAGAUCUGAAGAUGAUCAAGAGUCCGAUGAGGUAUACAGAUCCAGAUUGAGGGCAGUCCAUAAGCUCAGAAAGAUAUCCUCGGUCAAUGCUAUCGUUUCGGGCAGCAUCAGUAUUGGAUUCGGCAAUGGCGACCUAUCCAGAGUUCAACUCCCCCACGAGGAUCCAUUGGUCAUCAGUCUUUUAAUGGCAAAUUACAUGAUCAAGAGGGUUUUGAUAGACCCAGGGAGUAGUGCCAACAUCAUUACAAAGGCGGUCUUUGAGUAG